AGUGGCAUUCGACGCCCGAGCUCUCCACUCUACACUUCACCGCUGAAGCUUCAACAGCGCCUACAAACUCAUCGGAACAGGCAAAAAAUACUCUUUAAGAUGCACAUGCUCACCAGUUGCAGUGGCGGCCUUCGAGGUUCCGCGAGGAUCGGCCGCCUUUUGGGAGCGCGCUGCUUCGCCAAGGACGUGAAGUUCGGGCCAGAGGUGCGGGCCAUGAUGCUGCAGGGCGUGGACGUGCUGGCGGACGCGGUGGCCGUGACCAUGGGGCCGAAGGGCCGCAACGUGAUCAUCGAGCAGAGCUGGGGGUCGCCGAAGAUCACCAAAGACGGGGUGACGGUGGCCAAGGCGAUCGCGCUGAAGGACAAGUUCCAGAACGUGGGGGCCAAGCUGGUGCAGGACGUGGCCAACAACACGAACGAGGAGGCGGGCGACGGCACCACCACGGCCACGGUUCUGGCCCGCGCCAUCGCGAAGGAGGGCUUCGAGAAGAUCUCGCGCGGAGCCAGUCCGGUGGAGAUCCGCCGCGGGGUGAUGCUGGCCGUCGAGGCGGUGAAGGAGAACCUGCGCAGGAUGUCCCGCCCGGUGGGCACGCCCGAGGAGAUCUGCCAGGUGGCGACCAUCUCCGCCAACGGGGACCGCUCGGUGGGCAGCCUCAUCGGCGAGGCCAUCGCGAAGGUCGGUCGCGACGGGGUCAUCACGGUCAAGGACGGCAAGACGCUCUGCGACGAGCUGGAGGUGGUGGAGGGCAUGAAGUUCGACCGGGGCUACAUCUCGCCCUACUUCGUGAACGCCGCCAAGGGCGCCAAGGUGGAGUUCCAGGACGCGCUGCUGCUCCUCUCCGAGAAGAAGAUCAAGUCGGCCCAGAGCAUCGUGCCCGCCCUGGAGCUGGCCAACGCGCAGCGCCGCCCGCUGGUGGUGAUCGCCGAGGACGUGGAGGCCGAGGCCCUGAGCACCAUGGUCGUGAACCGCCUGAAGGUGGGCCUGCAGGUCUGCGCGGUGAAGGCGCCCGGCUUCGGGGACAACCGGAAGGAGACGCUCGCGGACGUGGCCGCGGCCACCGGCGGGAUCGUGUUCGGGGACGAGGCGAACCUGGUGCGGCUCGAGGACGUCAAGCUGAGCGACCUGGGCCGCGUGGGCGAGGUGGUGGUCACCAAGGACGACACGCUGCUGCUCGGCGGCCGCGGCCAGAAGGAGGCGGUGGAGCGGCGGGUGGCGGGGCUGCGGGAGGCCAUCGGGCAGAGCACCACCUCCGCGUACGAGAAGGAGCGGAUGCAGGAGCGGCUGGCGCGGCUCUGCUCCGGGGUGGCCCUGCUGCGCGUGGGCGGCUCCAGCGACGUGGAGGUGGGCGAGAAGAAGGACCGCGUGCACGACGCCCUCAACGCCACGCGGGCCGCCGUGGAGGAGGGCAUCGUGGCCGGCGGGGGCACCGCCCUGCUGCGCUGCAUCCAGAAGCUGAGCGACCUCCAGGGCGCCAACGAGGACCAGCGGAUGGGCAUCGAGAUCGUGCGGCGGGCCCUGCGAAUGCCCUGCCUCACGAUCGCGAAGAACGCGGGCGUGGACGGGGCCAUGGUGGUGGCCAAGGUGGAGAUCCUCGACGGCGACUACGGCUACGACGCCCUCAAGGGAGAGUUCGGCAACAUGAUUGAGCGCGGCAUCGUCGACCCCACCAAGGUGGUGCGCACCGCCAUCUCGGACGCCGCCGGCGUGGCCUCCCUGCUCACCACCGCCGAGGCCGUGGUGGCGGAGCUGCCAAUCGAGGACGCCGCCGCUGCGGGGGCGGCAGCUGGACUGUCCGCCCUCGGCGGAUUGGGAGGCAUGGGCAUGUAGGGCAUGCAGGUCAAGUAGGGCAGGAGAGGAUUGUCCCACCCCUUCUGCAACAUACACGUCUUAAGUGAAACAGGAACACGGGAACGCUGAUGGUUACACUUACCCACUUUACACUCUUGGCACUACCACUUUUAUGUAAAUGUUCUAUUAAAUAUGUGAUCUGGGGAAA